AUGGCUGCUGCAAAGGGCACAAGACGAUAUUGCCUGGUGACGGUAGGUGCCACGGUUGGCUUCAAAAAGUUGACGGCCGCAGUUCUCGAGCCUGACUUUUGGCGCCACCUGGCCGACCACGGCUUCACCGAACUACAUGUCCAGUGCGGGCCGGACAGCUCAUGGGCAGCCGCCAAAGUCGAAAGCCAAAAGGAUGAGAUUCCGGCACCGCUGACCAUUCAGACGUUUGCAUCAAGGAAUAAUCUCUUGAUGGAGGAAAUGAUUCUUUGUAAAGCGUCGGGAGAUGAGCGAUCAAAAGGCCUUAUCAUCGGCCACGCUGGCACGGGUACUAUAUUGGAUGCAUGGAGGCUCGAUGUCCCAAUGAUUGUCGUCCCAAACACGGAUCUUCUAGACGACCACCAAACCGAAAUGGCCAAGCACCUGGCCAAGGAGGGCUACGCAACACAGGCUAAAGCAGAACUUUUCGAUCUCAAAGAAGCAGUCGAUAAGGCAAAGCUGCUAUUGGAGGAGAACCAAAGCCGCAAUCCCCCUCACGCCAUCUCUACCGGGGGCAAGCCGGCGAUUCGACUGUGGGAUAUUGUCCCGGAAGAGGUGCAGCAGGAGCAGAAUCAGCAAAUGGCCACCGACUAG